AUGAAGCAACACUUGGCUUCACUCCCAGAUAUCGCAACCCUAGAAACAGGAGAGUUGAUCUUUGUAUACCUUUCGGUUGCUGGAGAAGCAAUAAGGGCGGUUCUAACCAUCGAACGAGACAAAGUUCAGGUACACGUUUAUUUCUUCAGCAACACUCUAAAACUGGCAGAGAUCAAGUAUCCUCCUUUGGAAAAACUUGCCCUAGCCCUAGUCCAAACGGCUAGAAGGCUUCGAAGAAAAGCCAUCAAAGCCCAAGUCUUGGCUGAUUUCAUUGUAGAAGUCCUGAAGCAAACCAUCACUGAAGUUAACACAGCUGUCACUGAACCCUCUGACCUUGAAGCCUGGAAACUUUUCAUCGAUGGGGCUUCAAGCGUUGAAGGGUCAGGGGCUGGGUUUAUUCUGAUCAACCCUGAAGGGUUAGAAUUUACAUAUGCUCUUCGAUUUGAAUUUCAGAUCACCAACAAUGAAGCCGAAUACGAAGCAUUGAUAGCCGGCUUGAGGUUAGCCAAGGAAAUGAAGGUUCAAAAGCUUCAAGUCUUCAUAGACUCGUUGCUGGUGUCAAGUCAAGUGAAUGACAGUUAUGUUGCAAAGGAGCCCAAUACGAAGAGAUACAAAGAAAAAUCUAAAGAGCUGAUGAACACAUUCCAAACAUGUACCAUCAAGAAAAUUCCCAGAAUCCUCUGUGGUGUCUGCGCUCAGUCUGAAUCUCCCGUUCACAACGGUCUAAUCUCUCAAGGACUUCCUGCUGGCGCUCUGGAGGAAUUAUCUGUGGCUGCGGCGGCUGAUACACAGGUGGAGGAGGCGGCGGAUGCUGGUACCAUAAGUCGGGAAUUUUCGAGGUGUUACACUAAUGCCUUGAGUAAACUCGCCUCUCUCACCUUGGCCCACCUUACCAAGAAGGUAUUAGUAGAGGUAUUGAAAACUCCAUCGAUUGAAGAAUUGGAAGUUCAAGAUGUAAUCACCGAAGAAGGCCCCAAUUGGAUGACUCCAAUUAAAAAAUUCCUUAAAAACGGUGAAUUACCUGCUGAUCAAACAGAGGCUGAAAGGGUUAAAAUCAAAUCUAAGCAAUACGUGUUACAAGGUGAAAUCCUCUACAAAAAGGGUUACCUUUCACCCUUGUCGAGAUGUGUCGUACCUGAACAAAGCCAGUACUUGGUCAAAGAGGUUCAUGAAGGAAUAUGCGGAGCUCAUUUUGGAGCAAGAACGGUUGUUGCCAAGCUAAUGAAUCUCGGGUAUUUUUGGCCUUCAAUGCACCGAGACGCUGCUGAACAAUUAAGAAAAUGUGAAGCCUGUCAAAUACAUGCACUGGUACCCAAGAGCCCCAAGCACGACCUCGUCCCAAUAUCUUCAGCUUGGCCAUUUCACAAAAGGGGAAUGGAUAUCGUUGGUCCGUUCCCACCAGCCAAUGGUGGAGUAAAGUUUUUGUUGGUAGCCAUAGAUUAUUUCGUAAAGUGGCCUGAAGUCAAACCACUUGCAAAAAUCACAGCCUUAGUACAGAUGUUCAGCUUAUUUGCUUACCCACAAUCAAAUGGCCAAGUGGAAAGAACAAAUCAGAGCAUUGUCGAAGGUAUCAAGAUGAGGUUGGGAAGGCAUGAAAGUAAUUGGCUUGAAGAAUUGCCAAAUGUUUUAUGGGCUAUACGUACAACAGAAAAGACAAGCCACAAAAGAACACCUUAUAGCUUGGUAUUCGGAUCCGAAGCCGUGAUUCCAGCUGAAAUAGGAGUUGUAACUCAAAGAACCUUCAACAUGGAUCCCGAAGUAAACAACAAAGAGGCCAUAUUGAACUUACAACUCCUAGAAGAAACACGAGACCAAGCUGCAAUUCAAGAAACCAAGUACAAACAAAAGAUGGAAGCUUAUUACAACACAAGAGUCAAACAUGAACGCUUCAAGCCAGGAGAGACCUUGUGCUUAGAAACAAUGAGGCUAGUAAAAAAGAAAACCAAGGAAAACUUGGCCCAAAGUGGGAAGGGCGAUAUACAAUCCUCGAAGCACAAAAGGGCGGAUCCUACAAGCUAG